AAAAACCAGAUGGAUUUUGGAAGCUCUCUCUCUCUCUUCAUUAACCUUUUCUCCGUUACAUUCAGAUAAUCAUUUAUUCGCCAUUAGCGAAACUCUCUCUUUCGCUUUUGUCAUGCGUUUCUUAGGAAGUUUGAUUCUUUGAACCCUCUGCUUCUUUUUUUUCUUUUCUUUUUAAACUGUUUACCUGAAGAGAGAGUGGGAGGUGAAAUGGCGUCGGGAUUCUCUGGGGGUGGCCCAGAUUUUUACGGUGGGUUAGCCGGUAGAUCGGUGGUUAACACUGGUACCAUCAACAACAACCAAACGACUGCACCGUACCGGACACAGGUCCCCGGAAUGUUCAUGGACACGUCGUCUCAGAUCGUGAACCGAGCAACGCCUGGUUUCAUCGGGAAGCGAACACUAGCGGAUUUUCAAACGCAACAAGCACUAAACAAUAAUCCCGGUCGUCUUUUUCUCCGUUCGGUUAAGCCCAGAACUUACCAGCAUACUUCUCCGAUUUCUCCGUUAUCUCCAAUCGAUUUACCGUCCAACUUGUCGCCUGAUGUUAUGAGUAAUUUCUCGUCUCCUUCUUCUUGCAUGUCGCAGCGGUAUGGUUUGCCGCUUUUACAGCAACUGAGGCCGCAACAGGUUCCUCUUGGUAUCAACACCGGGGCUACAAUCCAGGCCGUGAGCACUGGGUUAUCAGGUGGUCCGUACAUGAACCAGGUUUCGACGCGGGUUGUUCAGCCGCACGACCCGGAAAAGAAAAUGAUGAAUCAACUUCAAGAUCUGGAGAAACAGCUGUUGGACGACGAUAACGACGAAGGAGACGCUGUUUCUGUUAUUACCAAUAUCAACAGUGAGUGGUCUGAAACGAUACAAAACUUGAUUGGUUCAACCGGCAGCCCUAACAACCCGAUUGCCCCAUCACCUACAUCAACCACUUCAUCGUGCUCGUCCACGUCAUCGACGGCUUCUCCAGCUUCACCUUGUUCAAAGCAGACAAUAUUGGAUGCCGCAGCCGCUAUUUCCGAGGGCAAAAACGACGUCGUUAACGAGAUCCUGACCCGAUUAGCUCAAGCUGCUAACUCAAAAGGUAGCUCAGAACAGAGGUUGAUGGAGUGCAUGCUAUCAGCUCUUAAAUCGAGGGUUAACUCGGUUGAAAACCCACCACCGGUGGCCGAGUUGUUCAGCAAAGAACACGCUGCUUCAACUCAGUUGCUUUAUGAUCUGUCUCCUUGUUUUAAACUCGGGUUCUUGGCUGCUAAUCAGGCUAUCCUCGAUGCCACUUUAGACAAACCAAGCUGUAAUAAGUUUCAUGUUGUUGAUUUUGAUUUUGGGUUAGGGGGGCAGUACAUGAAUCUUCUCCACGCGCUUUCUGAGCGUGGGAAUGGGAAGCCUGCAACAGUAAAGAUCACUGCCAUUGCUGAUAACGGUGGAGAUGAAAGGUUGAAGACGGUUGGCGAUAGGUUGAGUCAAUUUGCAGAAAGUUACGGAGUGAGUUUGAAAUUUAAUGUGAUAUCCGGACUCAAACUCAGCGAUCUGAGUCGCGACUCACUGGGUAUUGAACAAGACGAACCAUUGGCCGUUAAUUUCGCGUUCAAGCUUUACCGGAUGCCGGACGAAAGCGUCUCCAUCGAGAAUCCAAGAGACGAGCUCUUGCGCCGCGUGAAAGGAUUAGCACCGCGCGUGGUGACAUUAGUGGAACAAGAAAUGAACACGAAUACGGCGCCGUUCGCGUCAAGGGUGGGAGAAGCAUGCGGAUAUUACGGAGCUUUAUUCGACUCGGUUGAGUCGACCGUGUUGAGGGAUAACCCGGACCGAGCGAAGCUAGAGGAAGGGCUGUUACGCAAAAUCGCCAACUCAGUUGCUUGUGAAGGUAGGGACCGCGUUGAAAGAUGCGAGGUUUUCGGGAAGUGGCGGGCCCGGAUGAGCAUGGCGGGGUUCGAGUUAAAGCCACUGAGCCAAACCGUUGCCGAAACGAUGCGCGCCAAACUCAACUCAGGCAACCGAGUCAACCCAGGAUUCACCGUUAAAGAAGAAAACGGAGGUGUUAACUUCGGUUGGCUGGGCCGAACACUCACCGUCGCAUCUGCUUGGCGUUAAACUUGGCUUUCCCUCAUUUCUCUCUCUAAUAAUAAAAUUAUUAUAUUAUUAUUAAUUGUUAUUAUAUUUUUAACGUUUUCCUUAGAAGAAAAAGAAUAUGAAAAAGCGAGAGAAAAAAAAAUCCCACCAAACCCAAAUAAUAAAAAGGAGUGUUUGGAUUGGAAGAAA